UAAUUGCUGCUCAUAAUCUGGUCUGCUUGAUACAAGCUCAGAAUUUCACAGAAUGUACAGAGUGUCAUAGAAGAAUAUCACAGCUUUGCACUCUCUUUGGAAAAAUGCCUAUACAUUGGUGAUGUUCUUACACUAAUUCUCCAUCAAACAAUUUGUAUUUGCCUUCCUGUGAUACCAAAUUGCUCAUAUUUAUUCCCAUCACAUUUCAUAAAAUGAAUGUGAAUUAUAACAGGGCUUUUUCAGCUCUACACAGAAUUCAUGAAUUACAAAUUCCAAGAGAAGAGGAAGGAAAACAGAUCACUGUGAAGUUUAGUAAUGAUCUAUAAUGGAUCAAAGCAGAAAUAGUGUUAAAGUUGGUGCAGCAAAGUACCCUUGAGAAUUUCCUUCUCUUUUGGGGAGAGCGCCGUUGUCACUAAAUGUAAACCUUAUUAAAUGCAGCUAGAGAGUGUUGUGCAGUGAUGCAAUAAACCCAGAGAUGAACAGUGUGAGGCUGAGACAAAUAAUUUCUCACCACACCUAAUGUUUUCUACCCAACUUUUCUUUAAUGCCAGCUGUCAGAAGAGAAUAGUGGUGAUUAUUAUGGGAUCACAGUCUUGCUGAUCUGCACAAAUCUGUACAUGCAUUGAAACUGAUGCUGAAAAGGAGAUAAAUGCAUAUAAAUUACUUGUGGAACUGGUAAAAUUAUAGCCUUAGUUUAAAGAAAUAUCAACCAAAUUAAUCCACAGAUAGAGAUGCUUAUAAAAGAAGCAUAAGCUUUUACUAGUUACAAAAACUAGAUACAGGGGGAACUGAUGUGAAUAAAGUAAUAAAAUGACAUGUAAUCAGCAUAAGACAGGUAUUACACACAUGGAUAGGCUAGGCUCCAAGUUAUUUUCACGUUUUUAGUACUAACAUUGAUAGAAUCCAUAAUCUUUUUAUUAUUCUAUAUGUCCAUUUUUCUACUGCAUAUUUUGAAAAAUUGUAAUAUCUUUUGAUUACACUCAGUAAACCUUUAUUAAAACUUUAUUUUAGUGGUGUUACAUGACUUCUUUGUGAUCCAGUUCUGUCAAAAGCAUUAAAAUGAUGCUCCAGCAUGCAUAAUGUAUAACAUCUGCUCCUAGAGCCAUCUCGGUAUCAUGUUUUGAAAUGGGAUAUGAAGGCUUGACAUGUGGCUUGAGCAAUGAUUCAUUUUGGCACAACUCUUUUAAAGGGAUUUUAAAAUAAUCUGCAAAUCACCCUGAAGUAGAGCACCUAGGAUGGGUUCUGCUGGUUGUGUUUACAAGGUGGAUGUUGUGAUGUGAUAAUUAAUUCCCCUAGGCCAGCAGAUGCUGGAGCAUACACAUAUGUACCUUCAUAUAUAAGUUUUCUAAGAUAUACAUAUAUUUAUGUGAACCUUAAAGUGUGUGACAGGUCUCAAAAUUUUAAAUUAGUCCUAUGUAAACAUCAAAGUAUAACUCUAAACAGAGUGGAUUUUAUCUUAACAAGUUAGUGGCAUCGACACAAUCUGUUAAAAAAGGAGUUUGCCUCCAUCAUUUUGGUUUCAGUCUUAUACAGUGUACUGUUUUGGUGAGAUGCAAGGGUGUCAUUUAAUGGAAAUGAGAGAUAUAAUUUACUCAUAAUUAUCAUAAAAAGGGUUAAUGCAAGAUGUAGAAGUGACUGUAUGUGUUGUUUGAAUUACAAUAAUAGACUCACCAAGGAAAAAUUCUUUUAUGAAACGUUCCAUUAUUGCUUUUACAGACCCAUAAUUUGAGGAUUACUGCUCAAAAACCCAGAAGAAAUGAUUUUACAAUCAUGGGUCCAUUAAAGGUUUAAGAAUUGUCUGGUUAGAUUACAAAGAAUUUAGAUGUGAAAGAAAUGUGUGAUUUAUUAUGCUGUGUAAAAUUGCACAGACACAUGUGAAAUAGGCCGUGUCUGCAGAACAGACAGAUACUGCUAUGCUGAGUGUGGGGCCUUCUCACCUACAGGUAAACUUUGUUUGUACUGACCCACUUACGAUUUGUGCGUCUUUAGCCCAGCAGAAAUAUUUAUUAUGACAUCCAUUUCUUUCCUUGCAGGUACACCCGACAUGAUACUGUUGAUCCUCAGGCCAAUCAUCCAUUAGGCAUUCAUUAAGAGCCAGAGUAAUAGCAAAUGCAAAUUACAAAUCCAACAAUUCCAAGAAAGGAGUUGAUAAGGAAAAGGUAAGGCACAGGUCUGUAGCUCAGCAAUGGUAAGGAUCUCAACCCGAUGCACUACUGUAGCCACACUUUAUAUUGCUGAAAUAAAAAGGCCUAAAGCACUGGUACUGGUUCUCAGGGGCAAUAUGUGAGCAUCUGCAAAUGGGAAAACAAGGAAAAGCUUAGCAAACACGUUUAUGUGAACAUACAUACAGGUACAUACAGGUACAGCUGGUUCACUGUAGCUGUCACAGCAACCUGGGCAGGGGUACCUGUCCCCUUGCACUGUUUUGCAAUUCUCCUCAUGAAGUUCCCAGUUAACUUCUGUCGUCUUGCUGCUUGUAAACACAUUAAGCCUUGUCCAUUUUCAGUGGGAGAGGAUGGGUUAGUACGUCGUUUAUAGUAAUCCGAAUUGGCUGCCUGUGCUGUGGAAACAUUACCUGUGUGAUGACAGAUGACUUGUUCCACGGUCGGCAGGGCCUGGAAGGGUUCGGGUUGGGUCCCAGCACCCGGUACGGCUGAAGGCACGGUGAGCUCCAAGGACAGCCGGGCUCCCGAGAAGGCUUUUCUCCAUGCGCCCAUCACCGAUCACAGCGUUCACUCUCGGGAGCUGCCGCGGAGCCAACUCAGCGUAGCUCCGGAGGAAACUGCCGGGAAAAGGCAUCCGGUGAAUCUCUUCCUGACUGGGAAAAUAGAAAGUGCUGUUACCUCAUUAGCUGCUUGCAGUGGAGAGCUGGAACAGCACACAGAGAGACGGGGAGUCAUCUACAGUCCUUCCUGGCCAUCCAACUAUCCUCCAGCCAUAAACUGCAGCUGGUACAUCCAGGGAGAUCAUGGAGAUAUGAUAACAAUUAGUUUUAAGAACUUUGAUUUGGAAGACUCUCAGAAGUGUGCAGUAGACUGGUUGAUGAUUGGCCCAUCUUCCAAGAGGGAGGAGUACAAAGUGUGUGGAUCUUCCAUACCUCCAUCUUUCAUCUCUGCAAGGGACCAUGUGUGGAUAUUUUUUCACUCAGAUGCAUCAAGCUCAGGACAGGCUCAGGGAUUUCGCCUUUCUUAUAUUAGAGGAAAGAUAGGUCAGUCUGUGUGCCAGUCAGAUGAAUUCCACUGUGCAAAUGGGAAGUGUAUCCCCAGUACCUGGAAGUGUAAUUCCAUGGAUGAGUGUGGGGAUAACUCAGAUGAGAAGAAUUGCACUGUCCCUCCAACAGACCCUCCAUCCAGCAUCUGUCCCUCAGGAAUGUUCCAGUGCAGCACAGGGCACUCCACCAAAUGCUUGCUGAACGAGCUGAGGUGUAAUUCAGUUAAAGACUGUGGGGAUGGUUCUGAUGAAGAUAAUUGUCCUGAUCUUUCCUGUGGCAAAAGGCUGGGUAAUUUUUAUGGGUCUUUUGCUUCCCCAGACUUAUUCCGUGCUGACCACAGCAGGUCAGACCUUCGUUGCACGUGGUAUGUGGACACGCAGGACAAUCGGCACGUUCUGCUGCAGCUCGACCUGCAGUUAGGCUACAAUGACUAUGUGAAGGUGUAUGAUGGCAUUGGGGAGCGAGGUGAUAAAUUAAUGCAGACAUUUUCCCACCACAACAACAGGCACUCUGUGAGUGUGGAGUCAUCCAAGGGCCAGCUCACUGUCUCGUACCAUGCCCGCUCCAAGAGCACUGGCCAUGGAUUCAAUGCAACGUAUCAGGUGAAAGGCUACUGCCUUCCUUGGGAGCACCCUUGUGGAAGUGAUGAGGAGUGUUUCACAGAUAAGCAGCAUUGUGAUGGCUGGUGGCAUUGUCCAAAUGGCAAGGAUGAGGAGAACUGUCCUGCUUGCCAGAAGAAUGAAUACCCAUGUGAAGGAAACAGUGGGCUUUGCUACUCAAUACUUGACCGCUGUAAUAACCAGAAGAACUGUCCAGAUGGCUCAGAUGAAAAAAACUGCUUUACUUGCCAGCCAGGAAAUUUCCAUUGUGGGACAAAUCUGUGCAUCUUCGAGACGUGGCGCUGUGAUGGCCAAGAAGACUGCCAGGAUGGAAGUGAUGAACGUAACUGCCUGGUGAUUGUCCCCAGGAAGGUCAUCACAGCUGCUCUCAUUGGGAGUCUCGUCUGUGGCUUGCUGCUAGUGAUAGCACUGGGUUGUGCAUUUAAAUUAUAUUCUCUGAGGACCAGGGAGUACAGAGCCUUCGAGACUCAGAUGACUCGGCUGGAGGCAGAGUUCGUGCGGAGGGAAGCUCCACCUUCCUAUGGGCAGCUGAUUGCACAAGGACUCAUCCCCCCAGUGGAGGACUUCCCUGUCUACAAUGCAUCACAAGCCUCUGUGCUGCAGAACAUCCGCACGGCCAUGCGCCGGCAGAUGCGGCGGCACUCCUCGCGGCGCAGCUCGUCCCGGCGGCGCCUGGGCCGGCUCUGGAGCCGCCUCUUCCACAGACCUCGGGUGAGAGGACAGAUCCCCCUGCUGACACCUGCCCGCACCUCACAGACCACCCUGGGCGAUGGCAUCAUCAGCAGCGCUGGUGGGGCUGCUCGGAGCCCUCCCCCUUCCCCAGCAGGAGCCGGGUCAGAGGCCGGUGGCCAAGCCAGGGGCCCACAAGAAGCUGGAGGUAGCAGCCUGCAGCCAGAGACUGAGACUACAGAGCCAUCGCCUUCCAACACCUGCCAGCCAAAUCCUUGCACAGCAGCACGUGCAGAGCCCGAGGCUGGACACACCAAUAAAUCUUUAAGUGCUGACUCUGACAGAGAGCCUAAGCAGUCCAGUAAAGCAGAUACAGGAAAGGCUUUCAGAGAUCCUUUAUCUGAAAGUGUCACAGAAACGAUCCAUGGAGGGUCAGUAUCCAGGAGGACUGUCCCAGAGGACAGUAGUUUAAGUGGAAGUCAUCCACUGAGUGAAGAUCCAUGUAGAUUACCCUUAAAAAAGUGGGAGUCUGGUUAUCCAGACAGCCCUAUGAAUGUUCAUAUCCAAGUGAAUGGACAAAACCAAUGUUGCCCUAACUCAUACCAGGAGGAGCCUUUGGGUGUUCAUGCAGCUUGUUGCCAUUCUGUGGAAGUGCCAAUGUUACAGUCAUCUACUUCCCUCUCUGAAAACAAUACCAGUGAUGAUGAAUCUUUACUUGUUUGCUAAUAAAAUUUUUUGUUUUGUCCAUGUAAA